AUGCGCUCAGCCUGGACGGUUGCUAGUGUUCUUGUGCUCGGUGGCUUCGUGCUUGCGCUGAGCGCUCAGCCUCAGCCAUGUCGUGCCGCCCCACAACAGCAUCCUGCAUUGUGCAGUCAAGUCAAAGGCACGCUGUCGUCCAUUGAGCAGAUCUUCCUGCAUUACAACGUGCCGUUUCUGCCAACAAAUCAGAACGGCACUUCCAACUCUCAGGCCGCCCAAGGCAUCAGGAGACGACACCCCUCACCUCCACGUUCACACGUGAACGCAGACCACCACCAGCACCACCACCAACAACAACAACAACAACAACAACAACAACAACAACAACAACAACAACAACAACAACAACACUAA